AUGAAAAUGAUCACUGGAAUACUUGAGAUGAUUAUUGGAAACAAUCGUAUUUCUCCAUCGCAGGUUGAAGAUUUUGCCAAAAUUGUAUCCAAUGUUUUACGUAAAGGUGCUAGAAAUUCGCGACUUUGGAUUCAUGCAAUGGAGACGGAAAAUAACAUUGGAAAAAUACAAAAAGCGAAAUUAAAAGCAUCAACCAAAACAAUUGUGGGAUCUACUUUGAUGGUACCCACCACUUUAUUCACCAAAUUGGCGAGGUUUUUGAGAAUUUUGAUCAGGUAUCAAUCUUUCAAAAGAACGGAAGGUUUAGUGGAAGCUAUUUUAAGUUGUGACGAAUACAUAAAAUAUAUUAAAGCUGCAAAUAGAGGGAUAGAAAGAAGGUAUGGUAUUCAUGAGACUUCCGGAUAUAGUGAUGGAGAAAUUGUGUUGGCAAUUGAAAGUGAACCACUUCCUGCUAGUGUCACGCCUAAAGCCCAAAGACCACUUCCUCCACGACCUGGUACUCCACCAAGUCCAUCAAGACAACACAGACCUUUCACCCCACCUUCUCCUUUGCAACACAGACCUGGUGGAAGACAAAGACUUGGAAGUGACUAUGAAGAUCCUGAUGAAGUGAACAGACAAAGAGCACAAAUGGCAGGAAGUUCUCAAGAGGAUAUUUACUCGAUGGCAGGCAGUCCAGGUGAAGAUAUAUAUUCAAGAGCAGGACCAUCUGGAAGUGGUGCUGAAGGUGAAGACAUUUAUAGUUUGGCUGGAAGAAGAGCAUCAAGUAAAAAAUCAAGCUCAAGAUCCAAAUCCAGCUCAAGUUCUGAAGACCCCAGAGAAGAGUUGUAUGCUAAGGUACAGAAAAAGAAAAGGUAG